AUGAUCAAACUUAUUAAUUUAAAAAAUAAUGAAAAUAAGUUUAUUCGGAACUUAUAUAUAUGGCCUAGGAUUUAUCACCAAAACUUGUAUUGCUCAGUAAAUAAAAAUGUAAAAUUUUUUGAUAAUAUUAAAAUAAAUAAAAAUAGAAUUAUAAAGAUUGGGAACAAUGAAAAUAUAAAAACUAAAAUAUAUAGCUUUAAAAAUUACAAUUUUGAUAAAAAAAAUAAUAUAGAUAAAACUACAAAUAUAACAAAACAUAAUAGAAUAAGUAUUAGAUGUUUUUCUACAAAUUCUGGGAAUAAUACAAUUGAUAAAAAUAAUAAAGGCGCUAAUAUAAAUAAAAAUGAAGGUGAAAAUAAUAUAGCAAAUAAUUGUAAGCAAACUAUUUUGGAAAAAAGUGAAAAUAAAAAAUGCGAAAAUAAUGAAAAACAACGCCAAAAAACAACAAGGGAAAUAUAUAUGGAUAGAAAGCAUAGAGAAUCAAUAAUAAAAAUGUAUCUUUUUUUAAGUUUAGUAUUAAUGCCAUUUGGAUAUAUAUAUAUGUAUUGUAUAGAAAAAAAUAUAAAUAUAAAAGAAUUAAUACAAAUAAUAAAAAAAAAAUGUGAACAUUUAGAAUCACAAUAUAAUGAAAUAAUACAAGAAUUUAUAGACAAGUAUUUUCCUAUUAAUAAUGAGCCAUUAUUACCUGAUUUUAAGGAUCUAAACUAUCCAGAAAAUUUGCCAACUUUAGUAAUAGAUUUAAAUUAUGUUAUAGCCAAAUUAGAAUAUGAUAGAAAAACUGGAUGGAAGGUUUUGAAAAGACCAUACUCUGAUUUGUUUUUUAAAGAAUUAUCAAGUUUUUAUGAAAUAGUUAUAUGGUCAGACGAUAAUUUUCCAGUAGCUCAAGAAGUAAUAUCAAAGUGGGGUAUACCCGCUAUUGGUUGUUUGCACAGAGAUCAAUGUUCAAAAAAAAAAAAAUUUUAUAUUAAAGAUUUAAAUAGAUUGGGAAGAAAUUUGGAUAGAGUUGUUAUUAUAGAUCAUGAUAUACAUGCUUUUAUGUUGCAACCCGAAAAUGGGAUAUUAAUAAAAGAGUUCCAUGGUGAUAUAGAAGAUAAUGAAAUGUUAUGUCUUAUUGAUUUGCUAAAAUCUUUUGCUAUUAGUUCAUAUAAUAUUGGCCAAUUUUUACAAAAAUAUGGGGGAGGAGAUUAUAAUAUAGGCAAAAGAUAUUUGCAGCAAAAAAAUGAUGCUGAACAAAAAUCUCAAAGAAUACGAAGCCUCGGAAAAAUAUUUCACGUUGACAAUAAGAAGCCGCAUUCCGGCAUGUCCUUUAAUAUAUGA